AAAUUAAUUUCUUCAGCCCUGGUCGAAAUGCAAUCAAACGCCGGAAAGUGCAACAUUUAGAUCGCAAUGAGCGCGGGAAAACGUGGAGCGUUGAUAAUAUUUGAAGGAUGCGACCGCAGUGGAAAGACCACUCAAAGCCGGCUGUUGGUUGAGCUACUGAAAUCGAAAGGCAUACCGGCAUUGCCUAUGAAUUUCCCGGAACGCAGUUCUAGCAUUGGCCAGGUGAUUAACUCCUAUUUAACCAACAGCAAGGAUCUGAAGGAUGAGGUGAUUCACCUUAUGUUCUCCGCCAAUCGCUGGGAGCACAUGAACCAGAUGAAGCAGAAGUUGCUUGAGGGGCACACAUUGGUUGUGGAUCGAUAUUCAUUCUCCGGCGUAGCAUAUAGUUCGGCCAAAGGAUUGGACUUCGACUGGUGCUAUGCUCCGGAAAGAGGACUCAUAAAACCAGAUGCAGUUUUCUACCUAAGAGCACCACCAAAUGACCUUACAAAUCGUGGACAAUACGGUGAAGAGCGUUAUGAAAAAGUGGAAUUCCAGAGUCGUGUGGCCAAGGUAUUUGAUCGCCUUUGCGCAAAUGAGGCCAGCUAUUGGCACCAGUUUGAUGCCAGUCAACCUGUGGACGAGUUACAUGCCCGGAUAGCGAGCAUUACGGAAGAGCUCCUGCCCACAGUGGCCACUCAACCCCUGGACACGUUAUCAUAGCACACGUCCUUGCAUCGCCAUUCAUUAGGGGGGAUUUACAUUGAUUUAUGCAAUACACGAAUGUUUGUUAUAAAUGUUUUAAA